AUGGCACCCAAGGUGCUUCACAUUUCAAGAGCACGAUCGUGUGCUACGGCUCCCCACUGUUGCGCGUCGCAUUCGCUGAUCCGUAUUCCCCUGUCGCUCGUGUCGUGCGGCGUUCGCGUCACUUACAGAAAGGAAAGAAGAUGGACCUCGGCGCCUUCUUGGCCGACGAAAGUCAGUCGACGGGGCUGUGCACGGAUUAUCGCUCCCGAGAAGCACUUCUCUCGUGUUGGCCUUACUGAUUCGUGUUCCCCCUUUUGGCGUUCGGCAGGCACCGGCGGAUCCUGGGCCGACGAGGUGGAUGCGCUCCCCACUGGACGUAAGUCGGAUCGGGACUUUGGGCAAGCGUGGCAUCUGACAUCUCAAUCCAUCAAGCCAAUGCCUGUGCGCUCACACGCUCCUUGGUCACACUCCUGUCUCGCCGUUCACAGCCUCGGGCGACCCCUCCUUGAGCGCCGGUGGACUCGGCGGAUCUCACCUCUCGCGCGGCAUGGGAGCAUCGGGUAAGUGCCCCGUAGAGGCAUCAAAUGUAUAUCAGCCCUUCAAAUCGUUCCUGGACUGAACUCGGCCUAGCGUCUCUGCUCUCCGUCUUGCUUUCACUCUUGGAUAGGCGGUUAUGGACGCAGUGACCGUGACGAUUUCCGACCGCAGCGCGCCGAGGUGCCCUUUCCGACCGCGCCUCCUUACACCGCCUUUGUUGGCAACUUGACCUUUGAGACGGUCGAUGACGAUUUGAGGGACUUUUUCGCUGGCGCCGAGGUGCGCACACUUCUCCGAGAUACUGGGGUUCCAAUCCGAACCUGCCGCCGUGGAUCCUCACGAUGCUGGCUUCGCUGUUACAGGUCCUCUCGGUUCGCAUGGUUUCCGGCGCGGAUGGCAAGCCCAAAGGAUUCGGAUACGUCGAAUUCUCCAAGAGCGAUGACCUUCGCAACGCCCUUGGUCUUUCGGGAUCGGAUCUGAAUGGCCGCACUGUUCGCAUCAGCGUGGCUGAAGCCCCUAGGGAAGGCGGCCGUCCCGAAGGCCGUGCCGAUGCCGAGUCGACCUGGACGCGCUCAGGACCUUUGGCGCCACUUGCCGGAGGUGGAAGAAGUGGCGGAUUCGGCGGAGGAUCACGAUUCGGUGCUGGUGCACCCAGCGGUGGGUUCGAGGGUGCCGCUGACGUUGAGCGAGAAGGCCCCAUCAGGGGUGGCAAAUUCCAGCCCUCGGCACCGAGUGACUUAGGCGGAGCUCGUCGCACCAGCGGCUUUGGUGGCUUUGGUGCGGGCGAUCGAAGUGUUAGCGGGGGGUCGGCCGGUGGCUUCGAGCGCCGCGAGUUCCAGGCCGCACCCCUAGCCGAGGUUGAGCGUGAAGGACCUAUCCGCGGCGGCAAGUUUGUCGCCACUCCUGAACGCAAUUCGUUCGGUGCAGAGCGUCGAGGUCUCCCCCCAGGUCGCGCUGACGAGGAGAGGUCUUGGACUCGUGGAGCACCUUUGCCCCCGGCACCUCAACGAUCCGGAUCAGGUGCAUUCGGUCGCGGACUGGGUGAUCGAACGCGUGAGCUUGGGUCGCUGUCUUUUGUCCCGAGAUGCACCUCGACCCUUCGCACUCACACCCAGCUUGUAUGUGCUCUCUUGUAGCCCCCACAGAGGGAGGUGAACGGCCCAGACUGCAACUCUCGGCUCGCUCGUCGGCCGAUGGCUCCCCAGCUGCUGCGCCCGCUCCAUCGACUCGACCGUCCCCAUUUGGUGCCGCAAAACCCGUCGAAACCCGCGAGCCUGUGAAUAGCCCCAAGGAGGCCGAGAAGCCUAAGCCAACAUCGACUUCGGCUAGAUCGGUCUCGUCCUCGUCUCCGUUCGGAUCGGCCAAACCUGUCGAUAUCAGUGCCAAGGAGCGAGAAGCCGAGGAUCGCAUCUCCAAGGCACGCCUAACGGCCACUCCCACGACCACUUCUACGCCCUCUACGGCUUCGAACCAAUCUGCGGCGAACCCUGCUUCAGCUGAGGACGGGGACGGGCAGUCGUCGACCACUUUUGCUUCUCCCGCCGCUACUUUGAGGAAAGACGGCAUCUCGUUCUCGUCUGCUGCGACGACGGUCGAUGAAGUCGCCGAAGCGGUUGAACAAACGUCCAUUGAAUAG